GGACCAUGGCCUCGUGCUGGUGGCCGUGGCGGUGGCGGCGCGGCUGCUCUUGGAGGCAGGCGGCGCGGAGCCCCGGGCCCAACUCCGCCGGCCGCGCGGCACUGUCUGCGCCGCGGGCUGCCGCCGUCGCCGCCGCUGCCACUGUCGCCGUCGCCCGCGCGCAGAUGUCCUAUUGUAAUCUUAUGAAGAGUUUAACAUCUGCCUUUCAAAAUAUGUAUGGUGUAUCACGGUUCCAUCACACGACGCCAGUAGCUUGCUGCUUCAGUAAAACACUGAGUGGUGAGAAGUACACUGACCCUUUUAAGCUUGGCUGGAGAGACUUGAAAGGUCUCUAUGAGGACAUCAGGAAGGAACUCUUCAUAUCUACAGCAGAACUCAAGGAAAUGUCUGAGUACUACUUUGAUGGAAAAGGAAAAGCCUUUCGACCAAUUAUUGUGGUGCUAAUGGCCCGAGCCUGUAACAUUCAUCACAAUAACUCCCGAAAUGUGCAAGCAAGCCAGCGUGCCAUUGCCUUAAUUGCAGAAAUGAUCCAUACUGCCAGUCUGGUCCACGAUGACGUCAUUGACGAUGCAAGUUCUCGGAGAGGAAAACACACCGUUAAUAAGAUCUGGGGUGAAAAGAAGGCUGUCCUUGCUGGCGACUUAAUUCUUUCUGCAGCAUCAAUAGCUCUGGCGCGAGUUGGAAAUACAACUGUUAUAUCUAUUUUAACCCAAGUGAUUGAAGAUUUGGUGCGUGGUGAAUUUCUUCAGCUCGGGUCAAAAGAAAAUGAAAAUGAAAGAUUUGCACACUACCUUGAAAAGACUUUCAAGAAGACUGCAAGUCUGAUCGCCAACAGUUGUAAAGCAGUCUCUGUCCUGGGAUGCCCUGACCCAGCAGUGCAUGAGAUUGCCUUUGAGUACGGGAAGAACGUGGGCAUCGCUUUUCAGCUGAUAGACGACGUCCUGGACUUCACCUCGUGUUCUGACCAGAUGGGCAAACCGACCUCAGCCGACCUGAAGCUCGGGUUAGCCACUGGCCCUGUCUUAUUUGCUUGUCAGCAGUUCCCAGAAAUGAAUGCUAUGAUAAUGAGACGGUUCAGUUCACCAGGAGACGUGGACAGAGCACGACAGUACGUAUUACAGAGUGACGGUGUGCAGCAGACAACCUACCUCGCCCAGCGGUACUGCCACAAAGCGGUGAGAGAGAUCAGUAAACUUCGACCAUCCCCAGAAAGAGACGCCCUCAUACAGCUUUCAGAGAUUGUGCUCUCAAGAGACAAAUGACCCCUCUUUCUGGAUUUCUGGCAGCUAUUUUACCAGAUUGUGCCUCAAGAAUUCUGUGGAAUAUACUUUACUUCAUGUGCAGAUAACCAAAAAAACCAUUUAAAAAGAUCAUUUCCUUAUUAAUGGGACUUUUUUUUAUUGGCAAAGUUUUUCAGAAAACUUUUUAAAUGUAUUUAAACCAUCUGAAUCUGUCAUUCUAGUCCUGUAAACUCUAAUCGAGGUAUCUUGAUGGUUAUAUGUGGUAUUGUUUACACAGUUAUAGUAGCCACAUGUAAAGCCAUUACACAAAUAAAUAAUCAAUGUUAAAAUUCA